AUGGGAAAAGUAAACGAAUCGGAAUCGAUGAUUGAGAAUGAUGUUCGACGACAGAGAUCAUUGUUGGAUUUACGAAAAGUCUUUAAGAAUUACAACGUGUACAGGUCACUACCCUCGUCAACGUGCCACAAAGAAAUGUCAACUCAUGCAGGUGCACAGUCUGAGAAACGACCGCUAAUUUUCAAUGAACGAUUACGAGUUUCAGCAGUACCAAGAAUGAGUGAUAUCUCAGAACAUGUUGUAAUGGAAAAGAAUAUAACCCCGAAUCUUUUGUCUCAUAAAACAUCAAGUUUUCAACAACAACAACUACCGACAGAAAGACAGGAUUGUGUGGUACUGCUGAAGCAGCUACAGAGUCGACGAGCAAGUGUUCGGAGUACCGGUAAAGACAGUGGUCGUGGUAGCUUGACACCACCCAUUCCAUCAUAUCGUUUUCAGUGUUUCUCGAAUGAAUCUUCUACUUAG